AUGGCGUUCGUCAACACAGCGGGGCGGGGAAAAUUUCAGGCAGUGGCACUUUUAAUGGUGGGUGACAAGUCGGCGAUUUUCCAGUGCGUUGUGAAAGGAUACCGGGACACCCUUUUCCUCCAUAGCAACCGCCAAUUUGUCCGAGAAUGCUACAUCUACGGCACCGUUGAUUUCAUCUUCGGCAACGCCGCCGCCGUCGUUCAGAAGUGCACAAUUCUCGUCAGAAAGCCCCUCAAAGGCCAGGAAAACGUCGUAGUCGCCCAAGGAAGAACAGAUCCCAACCAAAAUACAGGCAUUAUAUUUCAUGCUACUGAAGCAUCGGCAGCUCCUGAUUUAGUUCCAGUUCAACGGAAUUUUACGACGUAUAUAGGAAGAGCCUGGCAGCCAUUCUCUCGCACUGUUCUUAUGCAGUCUGGUCUUGACGAUUUGAUUGAUCCUGCCGGUUGGUUGCAGUGGAAUUCCUCGGACGUUUAUUUGGAUACCUUGUAUUUUGGUGAGUUUCAGAGUGGUGGUGAUGGUGCAGAUUUAUCUAAGCGUGUGAAAUGGCCUGGGUAUCAUAUAAUAAAUAAAACAGAUGAAGCAAAGCAGUUUACUGUUGGGAAUUUUCUUGAUGGGGGCUCGUGGCUUCCGAGCACUGGAGUUGCUUAUGAUUUGAGUAUUUUCUGA